AUGUUGGGUUCCCUCAUCCUGCUAUGGAUCUGUGUUUGCUUGUUGUUCCUCCAUCUCAAAAAUCAGAGGCCCAAGAACUUCCCACCUGGACCCACUCCCCUCCCCAUAUUUGGGACCAUAUUCAGCCUCAAUCUACAGAACCCCUUGAAGGACCUUGAAAGGCUGAGGAAGUGCUAUGGUAAUGUCUAUAGUCUGUUCAUCGGCUCCACACCAGCAGUAGUCAUCAAUGGGUUUCAUGCGACAAAGGAAGCUCUGGUGACCAAAGCGGCUGACUUUUCAGGACGACCCCAUUACACUUUGAUCAGUGACUUCACUAAAAGUAAAGGACUGAUCAUGGCAGAUUAUGGUCCAGGGUGGAGGGCCCGCCGUCGCUUUUCUCUUCUGACUCUUAGGAACUUUGGUAUGGGAAAACAGUUCAUGGAGGACCGGAUUCUGGGAGAGACACAUUACAUUGUGGAGCAACUGGAGAAAAGUGCUGGUAACCCCCUGUGUCCUGAGUCUAUUUUCCAUAAUGCAGCUGCCAACAUCAUCUGCCAGGUUGUGUUUGGUAGACGCAAUGAUGAUGAGUUCAUCAAGCUGAUGAUUCAUCCCGUCACUGAGAUGUCCAAUCUGAUCACUGGACCUUGGGCUGUGCUAUAUGACUCUGCUCCCAUGAUCCGUCACUUGCCACUGCCUUUCAUGAGGGUCUUUAAGUACUAUGAGAUUUGUCAGAACCUUGUAAAGGACCUGAUAAACGAACACAGGAAAACCAGAGUCCCUGGAGAACCACAAGACUUCAUAGACUGCUAUCUGGAUGAACUGGAUAAGAAAGGUGACUUUGACCCUUCUUUUUCGGAGGAAGAAAUGAUCGUGUGCAUUCUGGAUCUUCACUUUGCUGGGACUGACACAACCUCCAACACCCUGCUCGCUGCCCUCCUCUACCUCAUGAACCACCCACACAUUCAGGAGUGUUGCCAGCAGGAGAUAGACCAGGUGUUGGAUGGGAAGGACCAAGCCAGUUUUGAAGACAGACACAACAUGCCUUACAUGCAGGCUGUGAUCCAUGAGACCCAGAGGAUGGCUAACACUGUUCCUCUCAGUGGCCCACACUGCACCACUAAGGACACAGAGCUCCUGGGAUACUCCAUACCAAAAGGCACUCUAGUCAUCCCUAACCUGACCUCUGUGUUGAGCGAAGAGGGACAGUGGAAAUUCCCUCAUGAAUUUAACCCUGAAAACUUCCUCAACGACCAGGGAGAGUUUGUCAAGCCAGAAGCCUUCUUGCCUUUCUCUGCUGGUCCUCGUAUGUGUCUUGGAGAGGGUAUGGCUCGUAUGGAGCUCUUCCUGGUCUUGGUGACCCUGCUGAGGAAGUUCAAGUUGAUCUGGCCAGAGGAUGCAGGACAACCAGACUACAUCCCCACCUUUGGGAUCACUCAGACCCCCAAACCUUUCCACAUGAAGGUCCAACACAGGGCCAUGAAGCAGUCAGCAGACAGAGAUAAGGAACCAUGCUGUGCAUAAUACAUUUCAUCUUUUAAUUUUGAAUUGACUCUUUUAUUUGUUAUUUGUAGAUAUUGACUAUAAUUGGAUCCUUUUCUUUUUUUCUGCAUUUCAGCAGACUAUUUUCAGCAGUACUGAGCUCAAUAUGCACAUUUUUUAACCUGUAUUAAUUCUCACUCAA